UAUGUCAAUUUCAGCAAAGCAAAAUUGUCUUAAAAGUGUAACAUUUCCAUUCUUUGAGCUAAUUAAGUAACAAAAAAAAUUAUGGCAUCUUUCAAUAGCAAAUGGAGCUUGAUUUGCUUCUUGAUUAUUUGUUCAAUGACAUUUUUUCACCAAGCUAUGGCAGCCUACUAUUCCACACCCCUUACGUUUAAAGCCAUGCCUUGGAAGCAAGCUUAUGCCACAUUUUACGGAGACGAGUCCGCGUCUGAAACAAUGGGUGGAGCAUGUGGAUAUGGAAACUUAUUCAAUUCAGGUUAUGGAACAGCAACAGCAGCAUUGAGUACAGUAUUAUUUAGCAAUGGAUAUUCAUGUGGUCAAUGUUUCCAAAUAAUGUGUGUAAAAUCAAAGUUUUGCUACAAAGGAUACACCACAAUUACAGCCACAAACCUCUGUCCACCCAAUUGGUCCCAAGAUUCAAAUCAUGGUGGAUGGUGCAACCCCCCACGCCAACACUUUGACAUGUCUAAACCAGCUUUCAUGAAAAUUGCUCAAUGGAAGGCUGGCAUUGUCCCCGUUGCGUAUCGCAGGGUACCUUGCGUCAAGAAAGGCGGGAUCAAGUUCGCGCUCCAAGGAAACGGUUAUUGGUUAUUGGUAUACGUGAUGAACGUAGCCGGUGGCGGUGACGUGGCAAGCAUGUGGGUGAAGGGAAGCAAGACAGGGUGGAUGAGCAUGAGCCAUAAUUGGGGUGCAUCAUACCAAGCAUUUGCAACUCUUUCAGGCCAAACACUUUCAUUCAAGCUCACUUCCUACACAUCUCAUGAGACAAUUAUUGCUUACAAUGUUGCACCUUCUAAUUGGCGCGUAGGCAUGACUUACCAAGCCAAUGUUAACUUCCAUUAGUCAUGUAGUUGGCAAAAACAUAGGCUAAAGCGGAUUAGUCGGGUCAGUAGAUUCUGAAUACUUUCUUCUAGAUGUCCCGAGCCUCAAAGGCAAUAUUUUUCGCCUUGCUUUUUUUUUGUACCCUUUCAUUAUCUAGGCGCCCUUCAAGGAGUGGUGCUAUAUGGUCAU